AUGGCCACGCCCGAGGGCAAAUCCGGCCCGAAGCAAGCUGGUGUCCUACCCAUCCGUCCUGCUCAGACGCAGGGGCCGGCCGAUUCGUCCAGGUCUGCCAAGUCGAAGGCUGCAGCACAGGAUGGCAUCAAGGCCAAGGUUAGGAGACUGCCCCCUGGUCUGACCGAGCACGAGUUUCUCACAGUCCUCGGCGACUCGUGGAAGCCGGGUAACGGAAAGGUUGGAUGGUUUUCAUACCACUGCGGGCAUACGCCCAAAAGCGCCUCCAAGGACUCCACGCCCGCAUUCGCUUUCCUCCAAGUCAAAGAAGAGGACCUCGAAGCACUCGAUCAGGCUGUCCAGAACUCUACUUGGGAGGACGCAAAGGGCACCUUCAACAGCCCUUCUCUCGUCGGCCCGCCUUACGUGGAGCGCUCUAUCUACAAGAAGAUGCCACUUGCUAAGCCCAAGAAAGACCCCAAGGAGGGAACUAUUGACCAAGAUGAGGAUUACAAGGCGUUUUUGGCCAGCCUGGCAGAGGAUCCGACCAUGAAGCCAGACGAAACCGCAGCCGACGCCGAGGACCCUACAAAAGCCGAGGCGGAUGCUAAGAUCACCAUCGCCCCCCUGGCCCAGUUUAUCAAGGAGAAUCGUGAGAAGAAGGCGAACAAGGCCAAGGAAGCCGCGGCUGCUAGAAGCAACAAGCAUUCAAGACAAGAGUCGCAAGGCGCUAAGGGAAAAGGCUCAUCAACAGCACCGGAUGAUUCUAGGAAGAAGUCCAAGGAAAAAGCCACUGAGAAACCUAAGGAGACAGUGCGCAUUCUUAAGAAGCAGGCCGCUACGGAGGCUGCCGCUGAGGCUGCUAAAGCAGUUGCCAAGGACAUCAAGGCGGGCAGCUCCUCCUCCGACGCCGCCAGCAGUCGUCGUGCUGGUAUCCAGGGUGUUGCCAACAUUCUUAAGCGUGAUCUCGGCCUGUCCAACGGUUCCGCUGCUAGAAAAGCGCGUCAGGAGGUGGCAAAGCAGGAGGCUGCUAAGAAAGGCGACGCUGACCCGAAGGCUACGGAGUCCAAAGGCAAGGACAGAGGGUCCAAGACUGCAGCAACAGCAGAGCCCGCACAAGCAACAGACCGGCCUCCAACGCCUACAGCACCGAAAGCACAGGCGGAAAAGUCGAGGCCAGGGCGAAGCAGAAGGGGUAAGGAGUGCAAGUCGUCCGACUCUAAGACCGGAGGGCCUGUAGAAGCUCCAGCCGCGGCACCCAAGGCCCCUGUCAUAUUACAGAAGAAGAAGGAAGACAGUGCUGGAGCAUCCGCGGCUAAGGAAUCGCCAAAUACUGCCAAGCCUGGCUCUAAACAAGGCGCCCCCUCGGCAGCACCGACACCUCCGACUGGUCCGAAGGCAGCAGCCGCAAAGGGCAGUCAGUCCGGAGGCUCCCAGAAGAAGGGCAGCAACCCAGCGCCAGCAGCUGCUUCUACACGAGCGUUUCUUAAGCAUGCCAAUCCAUCUCAGGGAGUGACCGAGGCGCUUUUGAAGGAAGCCAUGCAGGCCUUUGGUAGCAUCAGCUUCGUCGAGAUUGACCGUCGCAAGGGUUUCGCAUACGUGGAUUUCUCAGAUCACGCUGGACUGGUCAAGGCGAUGUCAGCCAGUCCCGUCCCUGUUGCUCAGGCAACCGUACAAGUCCUCGAGCGUAAGGACCAAGGUUCUAAGAAGGCUGCCAGUACACCUAGCAACCAGGCUCAGUCCGGUGCUGUCAACAGCAGCAGCACUACAGCAGCCCCAGCCGCAGCUGCAGCCACAGGCCCUGCUAACCCCCCGACUGCAUCUAAUGCGGAUAAGAGCGCCAGUGGAACAGCUGUCGAGCAGCAGCAACCUAAGCGCAGCCGGCGACGCGGUCGCGGAAGAGGAGGAAAUGGAGGCGGGGGAGGAGGAGGUGGUGGUGGUAACAACGAAGGGAAGACGGAGACCGUCGCUGGGUCCUCUGCACCGGUAGCCGCGGAUGCUGGAGGGCCCGGCGCUGGCUGA